AUGACACUCCGCCAUAUCACGAUCCUAUCCCUCAUCCUGCACGCAGGAAUCAGCUACGCGGCAGGCAGCCAAUGCUACUAUCUCAACGGCACCGCAACCGAUGACACAUUCAAACCCUGCUUCCCCGAUAAGCCAAACAGCGGGUGCUGCGUCUUGGCGAAACCAAACGAUGCUCCGAACGAUAUAUGUCUAGAUAACGGGCUCUGCUAUUCUCAGGACACGGGCGCCAGUGGGUUUAUUUUCCAGGAUGCGUGCACGGAUCAAACCUGGGGGAGCGCAGAGUGUCCGCGAUAUUGCAAUUCGUUGAAAGCGGUGGGUACGGGAUACUACAUGCUGCCCUGUCCAGCCAAGGGAGGAAGUCAAUGGUGUUGCUCGCAGUCUGGGGAAGACUGCUGCGAAAGUGCCUCUAGUGUCAGCAUGCCGCCUCUGCCGACAUCGACUUCCUCCUCGACAUCGAGUACUUCGACCUCCCCCGCGACCAACACGGCUGAAGCGACAUCAGAAACAGGGAGUGGAGGGAGUGACUCUAAGGCUACAUCUGUGGGUGUUGGGGUGGGCGUUGCGUUAGGCGCAUGUCUGCUCGCGACAAUUGCCGGAUUGAUUUUCCAGCAUGUCAUGCAUAAGCGGCGGGUGCAGGCACUCACGGAGGAACUGGCACGGCAGAUGGCCAGGCCUGAGCCUGUACCAUAUAGCCAGAUUGUCGCCAUGCAGCCUCCGUCAGAAGUGGAGAAUACACAAAAACCAGCUGUGUUUGAACUGGGAGGGCGGCAAGGUUAG